GUCCACCAUCUUAGAGGGCAACACAUCAUCAAACAGCGAAAGGGUACGUUGAUUCCACAACGCACUCUCCUCUACGUUCUUUUUUUUCCUUUUUUCUACAUCUCGACAGAUGUGAAGCGCUAGGCACAUCAUCGGCACGCAGGACACAUCACAUCAUCUACCACUUUCUUCACCCAUUGAAGGCUCAGUAACACGCUUGGCGAUAAAGAGAAAGCACAGUAAUAGUCAAUCUCACAGCUGAAGAGCGCUUCGUACUCUUUCCUCGCCGGAGAAAAGCAAGAAUGCCCUCGGAGGUGCCCAUCAGCUGCAUGGCAGCCUACACCGAGGAGGCGGAGCAGGACGGCGGUUUCGUCCCCCUCUUUGUUGGCCGUGACGACGGCACCGUGGAGCGCUACGACGCGAUGCAGGAUGCCGAGCUGGGCAUUCCCAACGUCGUCUUCUACGCGCACCGCCGGCCGGUCACAGGGAUCGUCGCCACUUCCGCAACGGAGUUGCAUACCUGCUCUCUCGACGGCACCAUGAAGCAGUGGACGCUGGGCGACGCUCCCCCAGAGAGUGUGCAUGCUGGUGGGGCGCGUGUGCGGGCCAGCCUGGUCAAGACCACCACCUUUCCUUUCGGCGUCUCUGUGAUGGUGCCGGAAGAAGGCAAUCGUCUCUUGCUGGGCGGCGACGACGGGUCGCUGACGCUGAUGGAGAGCGAGCGGCGCUCCACCUGGCGCGCGCACGACGUUGGGCCGGUGACCGCAAUCGCCGUAGACACCGAGGGCAGCAACGCGGUCUUAACAGGUGGCACCGACGGCACCAUCUACGUCUGGGAUAUGGAGUUUGGCCGGUCGGUCUGUGAGAUGCGGGGGCACACCGGCCCCAUCCGUGCGCUGUCCUUUGUGCCUGUGCCAGCCUCCGUCCCCGUUGUGCGCCCGAAGCGCUCCGCUGACGGGGCCGGCGUGAAGGACGUGCUCGUGCACGACAACGGCGACGACGGCGGCGCGGCCACCUGCGUCGUCUCCAGCGCGGCGGACGGCACGGUGAAGGUGUGGCUGCUGCCGGACCUACAGGAGGCGAACGCUGCGGCAGAGCUGCUCGAGCGUCACCAGCAGCAGCUGCAAGAGCUGGAGAAUGUUAUUGGCACCCAACGACGCAGCUUAGGCAUUUCGUUUGAAGAGCCGGCGCCGAAGCAGGAAGUCAGCAGUACGAUAGACGGCGAAGGGCACCAUGAGCGCCACAAGCCGUCGUCGCCUCCAGCGAGGGGCGCAGAAGACGAAGACGAAAGCCACCGCAACGGGCAGCACGUUGAGUCGGUCACGAAGGACGCCACUGACGCAGUCACCGAGGCCGAGGAGCGCGUGGGGGACAUCGAAAAGGGUUCGAUGAACAAGCUGGAUGCGAAGGAGCAGUUCCUGCGUCAGCAAGCCAGCGCCACCGCGUUCAAGUCAGCCAUCAAGGCCCCGGAGCGGCGUGUGGUACCGUUUCACGCCGCCUUAGGGACCGUCGAGCUGCCGCAGACUCCCUUCUCCCACGCCACGCCGUCCUCCUCGCCCUCCGCUGGCGGCGACGGUGACGGCCCGGCUGGACCGUCGCUGCUGUUCAUCGGCGCAGCGCAGGGCGAGGUGUACGGCCUCCGCACCCGUCGCCUUGUGAAGGAGGUGUGCCUGCACACGGCGUACAACUUCCAGAAGGUGCAACAGGAAGUGACGCAGGUGCAGCGGACGCUGCGGGAAGGCACGCGAGUCUACACGAAGGCCGCCGCCGCCAAGAUGAAGGCGGAGGAGUCAGCCCAGCUCGCCGCGGCGGCGAAGGCGCGGCGCGCUAAACUGGCCGAGGAGCGGGCGGCGCGCCAGCGAGCAGCCGAGGAGCGCCGCGCCGCGCGACGUAAAGCAGCGGCAGAGGAGGACGAGGAGGAUGAGGAGGGCGAGGGAGAAGAGGAGGAGGAGGCCGAGGACCCGUUUGACAACGGCGAAGACGACGAGGACGACUUCAACGAAGACGAGGAAAAUACACUGGAUGAGGAAGAAGAGGAAGAGGAGGAGAGAGACGCUGCGGGUGCGGCGGACGGUGCGACUCCACAAAAGCCGCGCCGACCUGCUUCGUGGAAGAAGCUGUCGGAGGAGCAGCGCGCCGCGCUGGAGGAGUUCUGCACCGCGCAGGAGGCUGAGCGUGAUCGCCGGGUGGCGGCGCUGCGUGCGGCGACUGAGGCACACAUCGCUCAGGUACAGCCGCUCGCCAAGACCGUGUACCACCGCUCGCGCGCGCAGUUCGCCAACCUCUCCUACACCACCGCCGGUCACAUCCAUGGCGGGACUGCGGUCACGGCGAUGGCCGCAGCGUCGCUGGUGCCUGCGAACGCGGAUAAGGUGUAUGCGGCUCAGGUGAAUGUUGUUGUACCCGUCACGGUGGCGAUCGGCCUUACAAAGCUGUAA